UAAGACAAAGGUAUGAAUCAUAAUUCAUAAGUUUAUGAUCACCGGAUAUACUUUCUUCCCGGCGUGGCCACGUCAUACAGCCGUAGGACGCAUGCGUGUUACCUUGGUAGGGGAACGUGGCAGAACCAAUCAGAGCCAACAUGCGCAAACAAAACCAAAAUUCGUUCAGCCGAUGGUACUAUUGGGUACUAUUCUCUUGUGGCAAAUACAAUACUUCAAGAUGAUCAAAGCUAAGAAAGAUAUUUAUAAAAAAUAAUAAAUAUCUUCGGAUUUAAAAAGGCAUUGGUUACAAGAUUGACGAACUAUGUCGGCAGCGAUUCCUACAGCAAAAAGUUGGAAAGAAACCAAUCGUUUAUUGAAAGAGCAACGAAAGAAAUGGCGCGAAGAGAGGUUAGCAAAGAAAUUUAAGAAAGAAGAAGCUGAAAAAGAUUUACAAAACGAUGAAACAAAGCCUUCUGAACAAUGUUUUGAGAAGAAAGAUAUUUCGACUGUGAGUAUUGCUGUCCCUGGAUCAAUUUUGGACAAUGCUCAAUCGCCGGAGUUACGAACGUAUCUUGCAGGACAGAUAGCACGCGCAGCAUGCGUUUACAAAAUAGACGAAAUUGUUGUUUUUGAUGACAAAGGAGAAAUUACUGAGAAUGAAAAGAAGAAAGUGCGAAAUGACGAGGUAUUAGGUGAAAGAAGAAUUGCCUGUUUACAACUGGCUAGAAUAUUGCAAUACCUUGAAUGUCCACAAUAUCUAAGAAAGUACUUCUUUCCAAUACAUAAAGACUUACAAUAUGCUGGAGUUUUAAAUCCUUUGGAUGCUCCACAUCAUUUGCGUCAAUCAGAUGUAUCUUUAUAUAGAGAAGGAGUGGUUACAAAUAAACCAGUUAAAGGUGAUAAAGGUUGUUUUGUUAAUGUUGGAUUAUUGAGUGAUGUCCAUGCAGACAAAGUCUUAACUUCUGGAUUGAGAGUCACUGUAAAAAUACCACCAGAUCAACUAAAUCCCAAAAAAUUGAGAGGGAUUAUUGUAUCUCCUGAUAUUCCAAGAUCAGAUACUGGUAUAUAUUGGGGAUAUAAUGUUAGGCUAGCAAAUAAUCUCACAGAAGCAUUAACGCAAGGUCCUUACAAGGAAGGAUAUGAUUUGACUAUUGGAACUUCAGACAAAGGAAAAUCUAUUGAUGAUAUAGAAGCUAAAAGUAUAAAAUACCAUCAUGCUUUGAUAGUAUUUGGUGGAUUGUCUGGAUUAGAAGCUGCAUUGGAAAGUGAUCCUAAUUUGAAUGUGGAUGACCCAUCUUUGAUAUUUGAUAAAUAUUUAAAUACUUGUCCUGAGCAAGGCUCAAGAACAAUUAGAACAGAAGAAGCUAUUUUAAUUACUUUAGCAGAAUUAAGGAUAAAAUUAUCUGCUAAAGUAUCUCCACUGCCAAAUCCUCAAUAUAAUGGUUUUGUUGAUAACUGAAUUAUCAGUAAAUGCAAUGAAUCUAUUCUGCAACGCACAAUUCACUGUGUCUCUUAAAGUUUUUAUAACUUUUGCUUGAUCAGAAGAUCCUAUUACAGCUGUUCCAGAAACGAUCAUGUUUGCACCAGCCUAAAACAGUACAUUAUAUACAUUUAAAAUUUCUUUAGAUUACAAUAUCAUGUUAAGUUAAAUUUUAAUAUUCAUACUUUUGCACAUGUAUCAAUAGUAGCUGGUCCAACACCACCAUCUACUUCUAUGUCUAAUGUAGGAUAAUUUUUCCUUAGCCACAAUACUUUUUCCAUCAUUGAGUCCAUGAAUUUUUGUCCACCAAAACCUGGUUCAACAGUCAUAAUUAAUACCAUAUCUGCUAGAUCAACAUACUCCACAACUGUGUCUGCUGGAGUUCCAGGUUUAAGUGCUACUCCAACCUUAUUGUUCCACAUGAAAUGUGUACUGGUCGACACCAGCAUCAGCCAUAGGUUCUAUCCACUGAAAUAAAAAGAAGAUAUAUUUUUUUAUAUGUAUUAGAACAUAAAUAUUAGGUUGUUAUAAUUA